UUAUAAGACGGAGCCUGUCCUGGAGUUCAGUAGAAGCCAAAGAGAAGUAACAGUGUCAACCAGUCUUAACAAGGUCAUAGAAAGGUUCUCUUUUGAAAGAUGCAGACGCUUUUUAUCGUAAGCAUCUUAUUCACAGCCUGUUGUGCUGUUCCUCAAGAUCUAUCGGGGAAAAUGUUCACCUUUCCAGUGGAGUCCAAUACUGCUCAUGUCACACUCCUACCAUCACGAGUAAACUUCACCUCCGUAACAGUCUGCCUCAGGUACCUUACCGACCUUACUCGAACAUACCCUCUCUUUUCGAUGGCAACCAGUGGCAGUGACAAUUACUUCCUGAUCUUCAAAACAGCAAACAAAGGCCAUUUCCAAGUUCUCACACGUGGCCAAGCCUCUGGUUUUAGGGGCCUACCAGAUGAGCCAAACACCUGGUACUCGAGCUGCAGCACUUGGGAAUCCAACUCUGGAUUGGCUCAGAUCUGGAUCAAUGGGAAUCCAAGCACCAGGAAGGUUGGAUUCAAAGGUAAUCUAGAUGGAGCCCCAAGCAUAGUACUGGGACAAGAGCAAGACUCUGUGGGUGGAGGGUUUGAUGCUGGACAGUCAUUCGUAGGGAUGAUCACUGAUGUCCAUAUGUGGGACUAUGCCCUGUCUGCUUGUGAGAUCCAACGGUUUGCUAGCGACCUGAAUUUCACCCCUGGAAAUGUCAUCAACUGGAGGGCGCUUGAUUUUACCAUCACUGGGGAUGUUGUAGUUGAGGACAAUCAGACAAAUGGCUGUUUUCAUAGUCAGUGAUGAAGACUUGAUGCACAUACAAAAAUCAGCAUAACUAUACAAUAAAAAAAAUAGAUAUGCUAUCAUUAAUCACCUGGUCAAUUUUCAUGAUUCUGGAAUGUUCUAGCAAUAAAAAAAAUCUGAGCCCUU